AACUGUAACACGCUUUAGAUCUGAAGUGGGUUUCAAUAAUUUAUCUGUGACUUCUUGAACAAAGAGGCAGAUAAACGUCAACAAGAACGGUCGCGCAACGUCGAGGGUUUUGAGCAGCAUCAAAUCCGCUAUAGGAUCUUUGGGCAGCAGCGUGUCAGAGGCCAAGGCGGGUCGGACCGCGAGCGCCAUCGGACGCCGGCGGGUGGGAGGCGCGAGCACGGCCGUUUGAAACCGCAACGGUUCAAACCAAAGAUCAUAGAGCGGAGCUUUAUGUUUCAUUUUCUUUGGUUUAAACGGCGCGAGGCAGUGAAGGCGACGGGAUGUGGAGGGAAUCGGACCAGAAAUUGCCAGUGUCGUAUCGAAGGCAUAGCGGAGGGAGCUGUGGGACGGAGAUUGUUGGUAUCAAAGAUCAUGGCGAAGGGGUAAAUGAGGGAGGAAGGAAGGGAACAUGGAUUUUAGUUGCUGACGCCGCCAUUUGUUGCCCAGACCCCACGUCGUGGCGAACGCAAGAGGGAAGAAGACGAUGCUGGGGUUGAAGAACAGUGCUGGGGAAUGCGACUCAAUAUUUGAAAAAGUUGUUGGAAGUGAAGAUAUGAAUGUUGAUAGGGUGAGGAGAAUGGAGGGAGCAAGGAUCUUUGGAUGUACGCAGAUAGUGGGCCUGUCAUAAUUGGGAGAUGGAGAAGUGAGAGAGACCGCCAAACAUGUUGGAAAUGUGGGAAAACUAUGACAAAUGGAAGAAACUGAUAAACAGAUUGAACAAGUGCUGUCCGUGGAGAAGCAGCAACUAUAAAUGAGGAAUAUGAAACAUCGUCAUAUCCUAUGGGAACCUAUGCUGCACCUCAAUAUCCUGUGAAUACCUAUGCUAAAAUUCAGUAUCCGGCGGGAACUCCUGCUUCAUCUCAGUAUCCUACAGAGACCAAUGCUAAAACUGAAUAUCCUGCGGGGACUUAUGCCACGUCUCAGUAUCCUGGAGGAACCUUUGCCACAUCCUCUGGCAAAACUGAGUAUCCUUUGAGUGUCAUUGCCAAACCUGAAUAUCCUGCGGGUGUCUAUGCCAAACCUGAGCAUCCUGUGGGAAUCUAUGCCACAUCUCAGUAUCCUGGAGGAAUCUACCCUACAUCUCAGUAUCCUGGAGGAAUCUACCCUACAUCUCAGUAUCCUGGAGGAAUCUACCCUACAUCUCAGUACCCUGGAGCCUCCUAUGCCACAGCUCUUUACCCUGGAGGAACUUAUGGUACAUCUGAAUAUCCUGUGGAAUUUCAUGCCAAAACGCAGUAUCCUAUGAGGACCGCUGGUGAAACUCAGCAUCCUGGAAGCUACUAUGUAGCAGAUCAAUAUCCAAUGAAGACUUAUGUCAUGGGUCAGUAUCGCAUGGGCACUUACAACUCAGUUCCAUAUCAGACUAGAAACUACAUCUCAGGUCACUAUCCUCCGAUGACCAACUAUGCACAUGAAUAUGCAGUCAGGAAUUACAUCAUGGGCCACAAUCAAAUGCAAACUUAUGGUGCAGACCAAUACCUUAUGCAAGCCUAUCUUUCACCUGAAGAUUCUGCGAGGACUGAUACCAUGGGUCGGUAUUCCACAACAAAUCAUGAUACAGAUCAGAAUAUUAGAAGAACCAAUAACGCAAACCAGAAUUUUGAAAUGACCAAUACGGUAUAUGAGAAUCUUUCAAGAGCUGAGAGUACUGACCAGGAUUUUGAAAGGGCUGAAAGUGCAGACCAAGACAUUGGAAGGGUUGAGAGUGUAGACCAGGAUUUUGAAAGAGCUGAUACUGCAGACCAGGAUGCUGAAAGAAAUGAGACUGCAGACCAGGAAGCCAUGAGAUACAGUAGUGAAGACCAGGAUUCUUUGAGAGCUGACAGUGUUGACCAGGAUUCUGUGAGCGCAGAGCAAUAUUCUGUGAGGACUGACAGUGUAGAGCAAGAUCCCAUAAAGAUUGACAGCAGAAGUCAGGAUCUUUUAAUGAUUGACAAAGACCAGGAUUCCAUGAGGACAGAGAGUGCAGAGCAUAGUGCUGCAAAAAACAACAGUCAGGAUAUGGACGGGAUGAAAAGCAUUGCUGAGAGCUCUAUGAGGAACUAUUUUAUACCUCAGUAUCCACUGAAUGCCAACGUCACAGGCCAGUAUCCAGUGAUGGCCAAUGGUGGGGAGGAAUAUUUUUUUCAGGCUUACUCCAGACCUCAUUUUCCUGUGAGAAGCUAUAUAGUGAACCCAGUUUCUACAAGGGCCUACAUGGCAGUUCAGAAUCCUACUUGGGUUGACAGCACAGAGCAGGACUUCAAUAAGAUGAUGAGUCCAACACAAAGUCCUGCAAAGAGCUCAGAUCAAAGUCAUGCAAAGACAAGAAGCUCAGAACAAAAUUCUGCAAAAACACGAAGCCCAGAACACAGUCUUCCAAAAACAAGUAGCCCAGAACAUAGUCUACCAAAAACAAGCCCAGAACACAGUCUUCCAAAAACAAGCCCAGAACACAGUCUUCCAAAAACAAGCCCAGGAAACAGUCUUCCAAAAACAAGAAGCCCAGAGCACAGUCGUCCAAAAACAAGCCCAGAACACAGUCUUCCAAAAACAAGAACCCCAGAACACAGUCGUCCAAAAACAAGAAGCCCAGAACACAGUCUCCCAAAAACAAGAAGCCCAGAACAUAGUCUUGCAAAGCCUCGAGGCCUAGAACAGAGUGUUGUAAAGACCCAAAACCUAGAACAGAGUGUUGUAAAGAACAGAAACCCAACACAAAGUUCUGCAAAGACCAGAAGUCCAGGCCAGAAUUUUGCAAAGAACAGAAGCUUAAUUCAAGGGCCUGUGGAGAAUAGAGAGCAACCCCCGGGCCCUAUGAAGACCAAAUCCCCAGGCCAGGACAACACAAUCAGCAAGACAGAGGAACCUGUAGGUACCUAUGUCUCAGCUCAGUAUCCUGUAGCGAUUCGCUAUCCAGGCUUAUAUCCUAUAAGGAGCUACUUACCAUCUCAUUAUCCCUCAGGUCCUUAUUAUACACAUCAUGUACCUGUGAAAACCUAUGUGACACCUCCAUGUCCUAUGAGAAACUGUGUUACACCACAAUACCCUAUGCAGACCUACUUCCAAUACCCCUUGAUGAACUACAGUUCACCACAGUAUCCUGUGAGAUCCUACCAAAUUCCUGUGUAUCCUUUGAAGACCAACAUGGAACUUAAAUAUCCUGCGAGGAGUCUCAGCCUUUAAUCAUGGCAUCAUUGGUCAUACAUCUGUGUCUGUGAACAUCAUCUUUAAACAAGCUCUGCUGCUUUUACUAAGCACAAAAGUAAUACUGAAAAUAAAAUAAAGCCAGUCCUGACCACUC